GGCGACUCAAACAUGCCUCUCCAAAUCCGACGAAACGGGUGUCCUGCCUUUGUGCGGGAGAACCUGCUCACAUUGAUGACUGUGAUCGGCGUGGUGGCUGGCACGCUCCUGGGCUGGGGUCUGAGGGUCUCUGGGUAUGAGUGGUCUCGGCGGGAGGUCAUGUACUUCCAAUACCCCGGGGAACUCUUUUUGAGGAUGCUCAAGUGCUUGAUAGUGCCAUUGCUAGUCUCAUCAAUCGUGUCGGCGAUAGGAUCAUUAGAUCUUAGUCUUUCUGGCAAGGUCGGUCUUCGAGCCAUCAUGUACUACAUGACAACGACAAUUUGCGCCGUGAUGCUGGGUAUCGCGUUAGUUACAACCAUCAAGCCCGGCAAAGACCCAGAGGCUUUCAAGCAGCCAAACACCACCAAAAUUAUCACCAAGGACACGCUUACUUCGGACACGUUAUUGGAUCUCAUAAGGAACGUAUUUCCAGAGAACAUUGUGCAGGCUACGAUAGCGACGUACAGAACUAGGUUGGUGUAUGACAAGAAUGACAGCAAAGCGAUCAAAGGUAAUCUGGAAACAUAUAAAAUCGAGGGUGACUACCAGAGCGGCAGCAAUGUGCUUGGUUUGGUGUGCUUCAGCAUCGUAUUGGGCAUAACACUCGGCAAGAUGGGGGAUAAGAGUCGUCCCCUCCAAAACUUCUUCCAUUCUCUCUCUGAAGCUAUGAUGAUUAUUACUGGAUGGGUUAUAUGGUUGUCUCCACUCGGCGUUUUCUUUCUGGUGACCGCAAAGAUCAUGGAGAUAGAUUCGUUCUCGGAGCUGGUGGGUCGAUUAGGAUUGUACUUCAUGACGGUACUCCUCGGACUGUUCCUCCACGGCUUCGGUACCUUGAGUAUCCUGUUUAUUCUGGCUACUAAAAAGCUGCCAUGCCGUUAUUUGGCCAAGAUGGGACAAGUCAUGGCUACAGCGUUUGGUACCGCUUCUAGUUCCGCAACGAUGCCAAUAACUAUCGGCUGUUGUGACGACAUGGGGCUGGACCCUCGCAUCACUCGGUUCGUGAUCCCCAUCGGCGCCACCAUCAACAUGGACGGCACUGCGUUGUACGAAGCUGUAGCAGCCAUAUUCAUUGCCCAGUUGAGGAAAGUCGAAAUGUCAUUUGGAAAAAUAGUUGCUGUCAGUGUAACAGCGACCGCUGCUAGUAUAGGCGCGGCAGGCAUUCCGCAAGCUGGCCUGGUGACCAUGGUGAUGGUGCUUGAUACUGUCAACUUACCUGCUGAGGACGUCUCCAUCAUCCUUGCGGUCGACUGGCUGCUUGAUCGAUUCCGUACAACAAUCAACGUGGUCUGUGAUGCAUUAGGUGCCAUCAUAGUAACGUCACUGUCACAAGGAGAUAUUGAUAAAACGCGCGCGCACCAAAACGACCGAGAGGUGGCAUCCGCACAAGAACUCACGGAGCUAGGAAAAGUCGAGCAUUAGACGAGUGACAAAACGUCCAGCUAAAUAACGGUUACUGACAACCGUUUUGUGUUCGUAUAACAAUUAUAACGUUAACGUUAUUUUACGCCAGGACAAUAACGUAAUUAACGUAAUAGCAUAAAUUGUUCUGUUGUGUGAUUCUACGGUGUUUGUUAGUAAAAUGUUUGUGUAUUGUUAUUAGUCUUUGAAAUUGAAUAACAUGUUUGUUUGAUAAUUUUAUUGGCAGAAGCAAUGUGAGGAUAAUGUCUCCGUAUUAUAUAUAGUAAGUUGACAAUAAAUUUAGUACAGUUUAUUUAAUAUUUUACUGUGUAAAAAAAGGAAAAUUUCUGUAAAAUAAGAAACGUAUAAAAUACAUUUGAUGUAAUUAGAUGUAACGAUUACGUAAUUGUCACGUGAAUAUAAUGUGUCAGUGUGUUCUAAAUGUGCCAUUAUAUAUUAUACUCGUAUUUAACUAUCAAUAAAGUUUAUAUAAACGUUUUCGCUGAGUUGCGAGCAGGUUAAUUCUACAUGAUAGUACUUAAAAACUUUUUCAUGAUUUCUCAAAAAAUAUUCGAUUAUCUUGUGACGAUUUUGAGAUAUCGUGGAAUGGAUUUUGAGAUUAAUUUCUUAUAGGGAAAUAAAUGUUACAAAUAAUUUAUAUUAAAUAUUUCCUUCUACUUUAACUGAUUUAAGACAAAACAUGUCAUACAUGUUAUGACAUGUGAACAUGAACAAAUUUAGGAUGAGUUUAAAACGACAAAUAUUUUUGUAUGAAUAUAAUUUAUUUGGAUGCACUAAAACUUUUCGGUUUUAUUAAAAAGUGCCAUAAUACAAGUCAAAGACUUGGUUAUCGUUGUUGUUAUAUUUUAUUUAUAGAAAACAUUAUAUAGUGUUGAAUUGACUAUCAAUUGCAUUAUUGCAUUCCAUUAAAUAUAUUAUGCAAUCAUUUUUGCACUGAAGUGUCUAAAGAUUUUUAAUAUUUACUUCAUUGUUGUACUGUAGAGUAUUUAAAUUAUUAUAUAUAUAAUAUAAAACUUUGUGGUGUAAUACGUAAAGUAGAAUGUGAAUAUAAAAAUCGUUCAUUAGUUUUUAAGUGGUGUUGUUUUAUAGUAAAAUGAAGACGUCUGGCCAAAAUCUAUGUGUUUAAAGUCAAGAUUAAAUGUAUUUAUUUAUUGAGAUUUAUAUACUGUAUUACGAUCACUUACUAGGUAGACAAUAUAACGUAUGAUAUUCUUAGAUCAAAAAUGUUUAUGAUUAACUUAUUGCAGCUAGCUCUAAAUUCUAGUUAUUUUGAUAAAUUAUAUUUCCGACUAUAUUCUUACUUAUAUAAUCAUGAUAUGUAAACACAAAAAUUGACCAAACUGAUGUACAAAUGAUAUAUUGGUAGCAACUCUUUUAUUAGUAAAUGUCUGUUAAACUUUGAUAUAUCUCUAUAUGGAAAUAGUUGAUGUGAAAUAUUUUAAUAAACACAUAUUGUGUGAAUUAUUUAUUAAUAACAGCCCUCCUUUCCUUACCAUAUUUACUAAUAUUGUGACUGUGGACGUUC